GACACGUCUCCCACAGUCGCGCUGGGAGGCUGUCCGCUGCGGAGGGACAGCACCAGCGCCAUGAGGUUGGCACUGUCGCUGCUGGCUCUGCCCGCCAGCCUGAUCAGCGCUGCCUACGCCGCCGCACUCGCCGACUACUCCGAGCAUCUUCAUCUACGCCCGCUGCCAGGGGGCGCUCUCUACGCCGGCUUCAACUUCACGGCCUCGACGACGCUCGCCGACUAUGACAACCAGCACUUUCGCUUCUUUCCUCGAUCACUGGCCCAGAUACUACAGUAUACCCACACUACGGAACUCCACCUCCGCUUCGCGCUCGGCCGCUGGGAUGAAGAGAGUUGGGGCAGUCGGCCGCGCAAUGGGCGUCGCGAGGGCGGUACCGGCGUGGAGCUUUGGGCAUGGAUGGAAGGCAGCUCGCGCGACGAGGCUGAAGAGCGAUGGAGUGGCCUGGUCAACAGCCUGAGUGGCCUUUUCUGCGCCAGUCUCAACUUCAUUGACCAGACCAAGACCAUCCAGCCGAUUCUGACCUUCGAACCCGAGGGGCCGGUACUGCACCGGAGCUCGAAUCUUCACUUGAUGCACGGCAUGUUGCCACACGAAGUCGUCUGCACCGAGAAUCUGACUCCGUUCCUUAAGCUCUUGCCAUGCAAGGGCAAGGCCGGCGUGUCCAGCUUGCUUGAUGGCCACAAAGUGUUUGAUGCCAACUGGCAGACCAUGUCGAUCGAUGUCCGGCCGCGCUGCAGCGGCGAGGGACAGUGUUCGCUCGAGAUUGAUCAGACCGUCGACCUGGUUGUCGACCUUGAGCGGAGCAUGCGUCCACAGGAUAACCCCAUUCCUCGUCCUCCUCCCAUUGAACAAAUUCCAUGUGACGAGAGCAAGCCUUACAAUGGUCAUGAUACCUGCUAUCCGAAGGCGCUGCAGGGUGACAUGGAAUGGUCGUUGAGUCGUAUCUUCGGCCGACCCAUACAAGGAAGCUGUGCGCUCGGUCUCACACAGGACACCGCCGAAGUCUCGUUGGAGGUGCCAUCCUCAAGGCAAGUGGAGGUCACACCAAGCACCGCUGCCACCUCCCAGCAUGAGGGCCAAUGGCGAUCGUAUCGUCUAUCGCAGAAUGCAGAAUUUGAUCUAUCAUCACCAGAACAAGGCAUCUCCGGCCCCGACCAAGAUCACGUAGAGCUGCUACAUGCAAGCAGGCAAAUCACUGGCUACGGGCAAGAGCGAGGCGGUAUGCAUACAGUCAUUGUGAAUCCAUACGCGACGCCCAUCCGUAUCGUGUACCUCGAGAGUCUACCGUGGUUCCUCAGACCAUACAUGCACACCCUGCGGAUCAAUGGAGCCGAGACGGAGAAGAUGUACUACACACCUGCCAUCGAUCGACGCAAAGGAACCCAUCUCGAGCUACUGCUGAAUGUCCCAGCAAAUUCUACAGUCCAGUUGACCUACGACUUCGAGAAGGCCAUUCUGCGCUACACUGAGUACCCGCCCGAUGCGAAUAGAGGGUUUGAUGUGCCCCCCGCCAUCAUCAGAGUCUUACCAUCAUCAGGUGAAGAAGCCGACAGCUUUCUGCGGACGACAUCACUUCUGCUGCCUCUGCCCACGCCGGACUUCAGUAUGCCGUACAAUGUCAUCAUCCUGACUUCGACAGUCAUCGCUCUUGGCUUUGGUAGCAUCUUCAAUCUUCUCAUCCGUCGAUUCGUGUUACUGGAAGAAGUGCCCAAGUCUCCGCUGGCUGGUCUGGUGAGCCGCAUACGUGCCCAAAUAGGCAAGCUAAGGGGUCAACGUGCCGCUCCUUCGAUAUCUCCGAGCUCGCCAGCAAACAUGGCGCCGUUGGGUAAACUUGCAACCGCGAGCGGCUCAGCUUUGGACCACGAUCUUGGGACACUAUACUCGCGCAAAACAGGAACCAGACUUGUUGACGCGAAUGGCAGAUAGAUUGAGCAAUAGAUGGAAUUCAACGUGUUCUGGUUUCAACCACUUACUUGGAUGAAUCUGCGCCUCAAAG